GCAGUUGCUGUCAUUGAACAGAUAGGCUCGCAAUUCGGUCUUAAUGACAAGCAGUGGAUGGUGUUCCGUGUCAUCGCUGGUCACUUUGUUGCUAAAUCCGUUCUUAAAUCAAAUGACGGGUGUGAUCAACUCACUAUGCUCAUGAUGGGUCCUGGUGGUACUGGAAAAACACAUGUUGUCAAGGCAGUGCAAGCCGUUAUGAAGUCAUAUGGCUGUGCACAUCUCAUCCGAUACUUGGCACCUACGGGUUCAGCUGCAUCACUGAUCAAGGGGAUGAUGGUCCACAAGGGCCUGGGUCUGAAAAUCAAAUCAAACGGCAAAGGUAAAGGCAAUCGUGACACAGGGGAAUCUUCUGAAGACUAUUCAGUCUUGAUCAGCGUGCAAAACCGCACUUUGCUGCGUGAUGAAUGGAAAAAUGUGGAAUAUUUGCUGAUUGAUGAGGUCUCACUGGUU